AUGCUACCGUCGCUAGUAACGCGCAUCAAGACGGCUCGAGUCUUUCUCCGUCACGGUUCCGGUCAACAAUCACACACACACACACACACACACACACAGCCCACACCCAUCUCCUUCACCCGGUCCUUCUCAGCCACGCUGCGCCGGGCCGAGAUCAACAAGGUCCUGCCGUCGGCGGCGUCGGCGCUCCAAGACAUGAAGGCCAACACAACGCUCCUGUGCGGAGGGUUUGGGCUCUGCGGCGUGCCGGACACGCUGAUCGACGAGGUCAUCAACAAGCCCGAGGUGACGGGCCUGACGGCCGUCUCCAACAACGCGGGCACGGACACGCACGGGCUGGGCAAGCUCCUCAGGACGAGGCAGAUCCGCAAGAUGAUUGCCAGCUACAUUGGCGAGAACAGGACAUUCGAGAAGAUGUACCUGACGGGGGAGGUGGAGCUGGAGCUCACGCCGCAGGGGACGCUGGCGGAGCGGUGCUCGGCGGGCGGGCGGGGCAUCCCGGCCUUCUACACGCCCGCGGCGUUCGGCACGGUGGUCCAGACGGGCGACCUGCCGCUGCGCAACAAGGCCGACGGGUCGCCCGACCAGCUCUCGUACCCGAAGGACGUCAAGGUGUUCAAGGGGAAGCCCUACCUGCUCGAGCACAGCAUCGACGGCGACUACGCCUUCGUCAAGGCCUACAAGGCCGACAGGCUGGGCAACUGCCAGUUCCGGCUGGCGGCGCACAACUUCAACGGCGCCAUGGGACGCAACGCGCGCGUCACCGUCGUCGAGGCCGAGCACAUCGUCGAGCCGGGCGAGAUCCCCCCGGAGGCAGUCCACCUCCCGGGCAUCUACGUCAAGCGCGUCAUCCAGAGCACGGCCGAGAAGGGUAUCGAGAAGUACACGUGGGCCAGGGAGGAGACGGAGGAGGAGGAAGGUGCAGAGGCAGAAGGGGAGGAGAGGAAUGGGAAGAAGCCUCCCCCCUCCGCGGCGGCAGCUCUGGGGACGGGUGAGACGGCGGCCAGGCGGGAGCGCAUCGUCCGCCGCGCCGCAAAGGAGUUCAGGAACGGCAUGUACGCCAACCUGGGCAUCGGCAUGCCCAUGCUCGCCCCGUCGUUUGUAGGCCCGGAGGUGGAGGUGCAGCUGCAGUCGGAGAACGGCAUCCUCGGCCUGGGCCCGUACCCGCGCAGGGGUCAGGAGGACCCGGACCUGAUCAACGCCGGGAAGGAGACGGUCACGCUCAGGGCCGGCGCCGCCGUCUUCGGAAGCGAGGAGAGCUUCGGCAUGAUCCGCAGCGGCCGCAUCGACCUCACCAUCCUCGGGGCCAUGCAGGUCAGCGCCACCGGCGACCUGGCCAACUGGAUGCUCCCGGGCAAGGUCAAGGGCUUCGGGGGGGCCAUGGACCUCGUCAGCAACCCUUCCGCUACAAAGGUCGUCGUCGCCAUGGAGCAUACCGAUAAGAAGGGCAAUGCCAAGCUUGUCAGGCAGUGUGCCUUUCCGCUGACGGGACGUGCUUGUGUGUCCAGGAUCAUCACCGAGCUGGGCGUUUUCGAUGUCGACUUCACGCAGGGCCUUACCCUCGUCGAGAUUGCUGAAGGUAUCACGGUUGAUGAGAUCAAGAGCAAGACAGAAGCUCCGUUCAAGGUCUCUGGUGAUUUGAAGUCUAUGACGUAG